CCGAGCACCAUCCGCCACGGUUCACGGCCUGCAGGGAUUCACUGGGACUGGAUUCUGGUUAUGCAAUGAUGGGCCUUCAAAGCUGAUGCACUUUCUUGCUGUAAUUUCCGCAACCCAAACUGCGAUGACCGGUGCACGGCAUGGAAGGCUAUUGGUGCAAGUCUUCAUAUUUGCGCUGCAAAGGAUUUAACCCCAAAUCAAUUUUGAAUUCACGCAGGACAACGCCGGGGGAGCUAUAAGAAGUUAUCACUACAAUCGUGAUCUCCAUCAGCCUCUCGAGUUCGCUAGCCAUGUUGUCUAUCUUCGCUGUCCCUCUUCUUGCUCUGUCCGUCGUAAGCGCGAGCACGCCUACCACCCGCUCCACAUUCCCCGUUGUAGGAGCUUGGUAUGCCGGUUGGCACGCUACCGAAGGGUUCCCGCUGUCUUCAGUCAGCUGGGGGAAGUACAAUACAUUGUACUACUCAUUUGCAACCCCAACUUCAAGCGUCGACAGUCUGAGCCUGGACGGCUCUAAUGGCGAUCUACUUCCUCAGUUCGUUUCCGAUGCCCAUUCAAAUGGCGUCUCAGCCCAUGUUGCUGUUGGAGGCUGGCUUGGGAGUACUUGGUUCUCUUCUAGCAUUGCCACAUCUGAAAACCGGACGGCAUUUGUCAAGACCGUGGCAAAAUUUGCUCAUCAGUACAACGUUGAUGGCAUCCAGUUCGACUGGGAGAAUCCCGGCAGACAGGGUGCCGGUUGCAAUACCAUUAGCGUCGAUGAUACGUCCAAUUUCCUCAAAUUCCUCCAGGAGCUUCGCCAAAACGCAGUGGGAGCAAAUCUGACACUCUCGGCCGCGGUAUCCCUCGCACCCUUCACAGACGCUAGCGGAAAACCUUCUGCUGACGUUUCCGGUUUUGCGCAGGUCUUCGAUUACAUCGCUUUGAUGAACUAUGAUGUUUGGGGCUCUUGGUCUGAGCAUGUGGGGCCGAACGCACCGUUGAACGAUACCUGUGCCUCGUCCGCGAACCAACAGGGCUCGGCCGUUUCUGCAAUCAAGGCUUGGACUGCCGCAGGCAUGCCGGUCAACAAGAUCGUACUUGGAGUUGCUUCCUACGGCCACUCGUUCAGCGUAUCUCCCUCUGUCGCCUUCGAGUCUGGUACGAAGACGCUAGCUGCAUACCCCGCUUUCAACGCCUCGAAGCAACCUUUGGGUGACGUGUGGGAUGAUACUAGUACCGUCGAUGGUUGUGGCGUGAGCCAUGGCCCAGGUGGCACUUUCAGAUUUUGGGGUCUCAUGGACGACGGCUUCCUUACCAAAGAAGGCACGCCUGCUGAUGGCAUUUACUACAGAUAUGACGAAUGCAGCCAGACUCCGUAUGUAUACAAUGAGACCUCGCAAGUUAUGGUCUCCUUCGACAAUUCCCAGUCUCUCGCUGCCAAGGGCAAGUUUAUUCAGGAUACCGGGCUGCGCGGUUUCACGAUGUGGGAGGCUGCUGGUGAUUACAACGAUAUGCUCUUAGACUCUAUCAGCGAUGCUAUGGAUUGUUAAUACACCGCUGAUACCAUCCUUAUGCACUGUUCCGGUCGCUACUAAAAUGGGCUACGUAAACCACACAUCACUCGUUUAAAAUCUUCCUAGUACUCUAGGUUACUAUCCAACCGUAAAUGCGUUGGCAUCCCUUACAUACUAACAGUAUUUUCGUUCUGCCCAAUGCUGCACGAGAAACCCUGUAAUUGCAAUUCAAAAUUUCAAAUGGAGGCAUCCUGAAGCCUGAGGGAGCUCGAGUUCUACAUACUGUUUGUGACGUUCCCCGACUUCCCACGGAGUGGGAGGAGGGUUUUGUCGGAUCCAAAUCCCCAGGCACCUAUACCUCGAUGCGUG